AUGGAUAAAUUGACACAACUGAUUGCGCAAAACAACGAAGAAGAUUUGAAGGAGAUUCAUGCCAUUUCUACUGAAAUGUAUAAACAAAACCCUAAUGAUGGGAAUGUAUUUAAAGUGUUAAUUGUCUCCUCGCUGCGCUUAAAAAAAGACGUCACUAAGUACCACGACGAAAUGAUCAAAAGCCAAAUGACAUUUGAGGCUGCUCUGAAUCUGUUUAACAACAACCAGAACAAAGACGCUCUCAAAUUGUUAACAGGAACAUCAGAGAGAGAAACACUUCUUAAGGCACAAAUUAACCAGAAACUCGGCAAUUACAAAGAAGCGGCUAAUAUGUAUGCGGAAAUACUCAAAACAACGAAACUCGCGAAGACGGGCAUCCUCACUAAUUUGGCUGCUUGUAUCGCAAGUGAUAAAACAAUCGACUACACUUUACUCGGAUCAAAAACUUCCGAUUUCAAUUCACAGACGUUUGGAAAUGCUGCUAUGGUCAUGCUUCAAAAUAAUGAGUUCACAAAAGCAGAAAGUUACUUGAACAAAGCACUCGGAGCAUCUGCACUGACAGACACAAAAACAGAAGAAACAGAGGAUAAAGCCGAAAAGGACGAGGCAAAGGAGAAAGCUUUGAAGAAGAGAAAGGAAAAGAGACAACGAAGAAGACAAAACCAAAUGAUUAAGAAGUACGGGAAGAAGGACGUCAAAACUCUGAACCCAGAAAGGUGGGUUCCAAUGUACCAAAGAAAAAGAGCUAACAAAAAAAAUACACCACAAGUCCCCCUUCAGAAGCAAACAACAAAGAAAUAA